AUGACUCCUAAAACCGACGACAAACCAGAAGGCGUGACUAGAAAACUGUGUCAAUGGAUCCAAGAUAUAAAUCUAGAAGAUGUGCCAGAUGAUGUGCGCCUUCGAGCAAGAUACCUCAUCCUGGACGGUCUAGCAUGUGCUAUCGUCGGAUCUCGUCUGCCAUGGACAGAAACUGCAGCGCAGACGGUCUUUGCCAUGGAGCCGACGGGGAACUGCAAGGUUUGGGGGUACAAUGAUAAAGCCGUCACACCUCUAUCUGCUGCACUCCUGAAUAGCACGGCCAUUCAAGCAUUUGAGCUUGAUGACUGGCACUUGUCUGCCCCUUUGCAUUCAAACUCCAUUAUUCUGCCGGCUCUCUUCGCCGCUGCACGCCAGCAAGCAAAGUCCACCUCUACAAAGGUCAGCGGCACAAAUUUCCUCCUUUCAGUCAUAGUCGGCUGCGAAACUGGACCAAGAGUCGGACUUGGUCUCUACGGGGCACAUAUGCUCACGCGUGGAUGGCAUUCAGGCGCCGUAUUCGGUCCUUCAGCCUCCGCCGCUGCUGUAAGCAAACUCUUGAGUCUUCCCACAGAUGCCAUUGAGGACGCACUCGGUAUCGCCUGCACGCAAGCCGGUGGAUUAAUGUCUGCUCAAUUUGGGAGCGACGUGAAACGCAUGCAACAUGGGUUUGCGGCGCGAAAUGGUCUCUUUGCCGCUCUGUUGGCUCAAAAUGGUUAUCGAGGAAUUAAAAAUGUCUAUGAAGAAGGAUAUGGAGGGUAUCUGGCCAUGUUUGGACAGGGCUCGGGUAAAGAACCGCCUUAUCUGCCGGAGGAAAUCUGCAAGGAGUUGGGAAAGACGUGGCAAUCGCGACUCAUCAGAGUGAAGCAUCAUUCCUCGAUGGCCGGGACGCAUUGCACGAUUGAUUGUGUGCAGGCACUGCAGGACAAAUAUGCAGAUGAAUUGUCUGAUCCCGACGCAAUUGCCAGUAUUCGUAUCGGCAUGACAGAGGCUGCAUUCAAUCACGGCGGCUUCGACGUGAAGAGACCCGUGGCCACGACAGGCGCGCAGAUGAGUGCUGCAUAUACCGCGGCUGUACAGCUUGUAGAUGGUCAAGUGCUACCUAAUCAAUUCAGGGACGACCAGCUCGAUAGAGAUAUUGUUUGGGACCUUAUUGGCAAGACAGAAUGCUUCCACGAUCUUGAUCUAGGCGAGGAUCGGUAUGCGCAGCGCGUCACUAUCACGCUCAAGGAUGGGAUCGAGUUGAGUGAGACGCUUGACAACCCUCGUAGCGUCUCGCCGGGUUUGUCGAACGAGGAAAUACUCGAGAAGUGGAGACGACUUACGCAGGGUAUUAUCGAUGAGAAGACGCGAGAUCAAGUUCAACAGUUGGUACUGGACAUAGAGGCCUUGGAAGAUGUGUGCAUCGUUGAUGAUCUCAUGAGUAUAUCUGUAUCAAAUCCGUUGCUUAGUUGA